UUUCUGUAUACCCCCACGAGAAAAGUGGUAGAGUCCUAGACACCUGACCUAAGACCCUAGAUCACAACCUGGCUUAAAUGCCUGGGUCCAGUCAAGAAGUGUGCUGAGUUGCCAGUCCAUUUUAUGCGUCACCGAAAUCACCACAACGUCAACAGCCAUGCUGGAGUAUAUCGUAUACGGGGUUCUGCUGGUGCUGCUGGUACAGUUGUUCCGACUGUGGAUGGCAGAUGGAGAUCUCUCUCUCAUGUGGUACGAGAGGUUUGGAGAGAGUCCAGCCAAACUAGCCGGUAAGGUGGUGUGGGUCACAGGAGCGUCCAGUGGGAUAGGAGAGGCCCUGGCCGUGGAGCUGGGCAGGGUGGGGGUCAAACUGGUGCUGUCUGCCAGGAGGAGGGACCAACUGGACAGAGUUAAACAGAGAUGUGUCGAAACAGGGAAAGUUGCUGACAGUGAUGUGCUGGUCAUACCCUUGGAUUCUGUCGCCUAUGACACCCAUGCUGGAUGUGUGGAGCGUGUUCUUGCUCACUUUGGCAAGAUUGACGUCCUCAUCAACAACAGUGGCCGGAGCCAGCGGUCGCUGUUCUGUGACACGAGCCUGGACGGGGACAGGUUCAUCCUGGAGCUGAAUGUCCUGGGGCAGGUGUCGCUGACCAAGGCCGUCCUCCCUCACAUGAUGGAGCGAGGGGAGGGGCAGAUCGUGGUGACCGGGAGUACAUCAGGUGUCAUCCCUACACCACGCACAUCUGCCUACUGUGGCAGCAAGUUUGCUCUUAGAGGUAUUUUCGGGGCACUACGGGCAGAGCUCCACUCCUAUGACAUUGAUGUCCUGAUAGCAGCCCCUGGUCCAGUGGAGUCCAAUGUUGUACAGAAUGCCAUGGUGGGAGAACCAGACAAGUCACUAAACCUGGACCCAAAGUUGGACCCUAUCCAUGCCAACGACCUGCCGGCAUCUCGCUGUGCCUGGCUGUUCAUGGUGGGCAUGGUGAACAGACUGGAGGAGAUCUGGAUAUCCAGGAACCCUUACCUGACUUACGCAUACAUCUUCUCUUACCUACCAUUUGUUGCAAGCAGGAUGAUGAUGACUCAUGCUAAACGCCUUAGCAAGAAGAAACAGUGAAAACAACUAUCAAUGUGGUGGAAAACAUUUAAUUUUGACCACUACUACUUUUGAUCACUUAAUUAAGGUUUGUUAACCUGACAUUGUCAUCUUAAGCUUCAGGCUUUAUUUUCUGUUUAAUAAACUGAAUCACAUAGGGGGUGGGGUGAAAAAGGAAUACUGCUCAGAGUAGAAAAUGUAAUAGGGCUUUGGUAACUUUUCUUAAUUAAUUUCAAGUGUACAAAUGUAGGAACCUGAAAAGGAUUCCUACUAAAAUACUGGUCAUACC